CGAGCGACAUGCAGCCAUCACCACGACAACGUUAACGCGUCCGUUACUUCCACUUGUCAACUGAGAUUACAGCAGUUCAUCUAACCAGUGUUUUAGCUAAUAUUGUGUAUUACUACAAGACACAUGUAAUUAUACAGUCCGGGUAUCUAAAAUAAGAAGAUGGAAGGCAAACAUUUGCCUGGGUUUGGGGCACUAGUUCCACAUCCCCCCAGCAAACCUCCAGAGCCCAAGCCUCCAACUGAACGUGACAGACACAUGCUUCGUCCGAUCAGAAAACGCUUUGGGAAUGAUCAGAAGGGCAUCUACUCCGAUAUCAUCACUACAUCCAAGUUCCAGAAGAUGGAAGGCAAACAUUUGCCUGGGUUUGGGGCACUAGUUCCACAUCCCCCCAGCAAACCUCCAGAGCCCAAGCCUCCAACUGAACGUGACAGACACAUGCUUCGUCCGAUCAGAAAACGCUUUGGGAAUGAUCAGAAGGGCAUCUACUCCGAUAUCAUCACUACAUCCAAGUUCCAGAAGAUGGAAGGCAAAUAUUUACCUGGGUUUGGGGUACUAGUUCCACAUCCCCCCAGCAAACCUCCAGAGCCCAAGCCUCCAACUGAACGUGACAGAUACAUGCUUCGUCCGAUCAGAAAACGCUCUGAGUAUGAUCAGAAGGGCAUCUACUCUGAUAUCAUCACUACAUUCAAGUUCCAGUCUCUUACUGAGGGACCUGAGUUCCAGCAGAGGCACCAGGGCCAAUCCAGCCUUGAGUUAAUUAAUACAUCUUUGAAGACACCAUCUAACCAGUGCAAGCUUUUUGAAAAGCAAAACCAUGGACUUAAGGCACAGCUAUCACAGAAUUCUUACUUUUGCUGCGGUGGAGAUAAACCCAAGGUCCAGUUACCCUACAAAACCGUUCCUGGCCAGGUACCCCGCAACUUAGCAAUAGAGAGAUGUCGAAGGGAAUACUUGAAGUUAGAUUUUGAACAGCUCCUGGCAGAAAAGGGAAUAGAUUCUAAUCUUAUAAAGCCAAGACAGCUGAGCAGUAGAGAAGAGUAUGUGACCAUACCAGACAAUGCUGAGUCACCGUACCUCCCACUGGAAAUAUUUGACAAUGAGGAGUAUGACUGCCGGACUCCAGAGGACUGGCUUGCUUUAGGCAGUGCUGAAGGGUCUCCUGAUCGAAAACCUAUUCCUGCAAAAGCACUGCUGCCUACAGAUGAUAGUAUUUUGUCUGAGGACACAAAAAGCUUCUGCUUGGAGUACAGUUGGCAUUUAGUUGGCGUUCUUGACUAUAGUAAGGAGAAACGCCAGUACCUGGUACAGAAGGUUCACUGCAACAGCAAAGUGACUGAUGAAGAAGGAAAACCUGGAGAAAACCCCUUCAUAGCAGGCGCUGAGUACUGGGUACCCAGGAUCAGAUUGUUAUUCACUGCUGAGGACCCACGUGUCUUUGUCGAACGGAUCUGGUUUGCUCUGCGCUUGAGGGAGAACACAGAGGCUCUGCUCCUCUACCACUUGUCUUUGGACUGUAUGCCCAUCUGUAGGGGAACACCAUCUCUUGAUACCCCCAGUCUCGACCGUAUGAAAGAACUUGCCCUUUCAACUCCCAGGCUUAGGCGGGAAAUUGUGGAGAAGUGUAUAGGAGACCUGGAGAAGGAGGUAAAAUUGGAAUAUUACCGUACUAUGAACCGCAUGACCUUUGACAAAGUAGUGAUGAGUCACCCAGAGGAGUUUUCACAUAUCACCCUGCCAAAGAAGGACCCAGAGUAUGUACCACAAAAAGGGUGCGUUCCAGUUCCUCACUUUGCCUAUAAGGAGAACCAAGCAGCAUUCGUCUUCCGUUCCCUGCUGACAAAGCCAGAGGUGAUCUGUGUACUUUCUGAAGUACGGUCUGAGUGCAUCAAAGUAGCAGCCAUGAGACUGUUCAAUGUCUCCUUGAUCAAACCGCUGCGACUGGAUGAGUUUGAAGUCAUCCAGUCUCAAAUGCACACCAAGAUCGGCUUGUUUCUUCGGGAGACAUGGAGGGUCACACUCGGCAGCAGCAUCCGUUACAACCUGGGCAGUAUGGGCCGGGGUGCGUACAAUGUGAACGAGUCUCGCUGGGACAUGUAUAAGCUUUCCAAGCUGUACAAACUGAUGACUGUGGUGCACUUCAAUAUGCAAGACUCCCUGCGCUACCUUGUGAAGGAUUCACUGCUCAGCCUGACACACCUUCUGUUGGACGCCUGCCACAGUGUGCUGAUGUGUCCUGAGGACCUGAUCUGGGGGAGCAACCUCAUCACUAGCCCCUACAAACCAAAGAAGCACCCUGUGUUCCUGGUGGACUUGGUUCUGGACCAGACUGGAGUUCAUUACAGCACUCCACUGGAGAAUUUUGCGACAUCUGUCGUUAACCUGUUUGAUAAAGCUAUUCUGGCCACAUACAAAGUACCACUGCUUGACAGGUUUGUGAUGCAAAACUUAUUUAUGGCUGAUGAUUUAUGGCUCGAGUCAGUGAAUCUGUGGGAACCAGAAGUUAUUGAGCUGAGAGAGAAGGUCCGCAGUGCUCUAAUACAAGCAGCUCUACCUCUCAGGGCUUAUGCUGCUGAAUAUGAGAAACACUUAGCGCUGCAUAACUUAGAUGUAAGAACCCUUCUCAGUUCUCAUAUUCAGGCAGAACAAACAUCCCAGGAAUUGAAGAAAGAGGUGGAACAAGAGCUCCAAGAAAAGGAAAGGAUUGAAUACUCCUUGCCAUCCUCCAUUGUGAUUGGUCCAUUUAAAGUUCGUGUGGAGUCUGUACGUCAGGCUCUCUCUAACAAAAGAAAGGCUUUAGCCAAAGCAAUGCUGGACCGCCUUGCUCUGAAGCUGCGAAAGCAGGUUGAUGAUGCAUGUGAAGAGUGUAAUAUCAUGAGCAGAAAGCUACAUGAGAAGCCCAACAGCAUUGAAGAACUGACGGAAAAGAGGGAGUGGAUGAAACAAAUCCCACAACAGCUCAAGAGUUACAAGGAAUGCAUUGGCAAGAUCUUGUCAGACUAUGAGCUUUUAGAAGAAUUUUGCCACUGUCUUUCAGAUGAAGAUGUUAGUAAAAAGUGGACAGCCGUUAGAUGGCCUCAAAGGAUAGUCAACCAGAUGGAAGCAGUAGUCAUCCAGCAUUUGGAGGAUGAGGAGCGCUUCCAAAAGAUCCAGCUAGAGGAUCAAAACAACCUUCAGGAGGAGUUAAACUCUCUAGAGAUGCUGGUUGCUGGGUUUGCCUACCACUCAGGCACCGAUCGUGCCCAUGAGCUGGCCAACAAGAUGAUGCAUACAAGCAAGCAGCUUAAGGAGUGCCAGACAUUUGUCAUGCCUUUUCUGACAAUGAAACAUCAAUGUGUAUUAUAGUAUGAUCGUCUGCAGAAACUGGUAAAGGACUUCCAGCCAUAUAAAGACCUGUGGACCACCACCUCUGAUUGGCUACAUUGGCAUGAGAGCUGGCUUAAUGACCCACUGUCUUCCAUUGACCCUGAGCAGCUCGAGCGCAAUGUCACAGAUGCCCACAACACUAUACUCAAAUGUAUUAAACAGUUCAAGGACAUUCCUGACUGCCAGAGGGUGGCAGCUGUAGUCCAACGUAAGAUUGAGGACUUCAGUCCUUACGUCACCCUAAUUCAGGCCCUGAGGAACCCAGGGAUGAGAAGCCACCACUGGGAGAUGCUUUCUGAACGCAUUCAGAUGGAAGUCCAACCAAAAGCCAACUUGACCUUUUCCCACUGCCUAGAGCUUGGCCUACAGAAUUAUGUGGAUGACAUAGCACAGGUGGCUGAGAUGGCUGGCAAAGAGUACACCAUUAAACAGGCCCUGGAAAAGAUGGAGCAAGAGUGGUUGACAGUAGUGUUCGAUGUGCUACCCUACAAGGAGACAGGCACCUACAUCUUGAAGAGCCCAGAUGAAGCAUUUCAGUUGCUGGAUGACCACACUGUCAUGACGCAGAGCAUGUCCUUCUCUCCUUUCAAGAAAGCCUUUGAAGACCGCAUCAACACCUGGGAGAGCAAGCGUAGAAUGACUCAGGAUGUCCUGGAGGAGUGGUUGAGUUGUCAGCGCUCCUGGCUCUACCUGGAGCCUAUCUUUAGCUCUGAAGAUAUCAACCAGCAGCUGCCUGUGGAAGGAAAAAGAUACCAGCAAAUGGAGAAAACAUGGAGGACAAUCAUGAAAAGUGUCUUCAGUAAUCGGAAGGUGAUUGAACAGUGUCCAGAUGCAUGUCUGUUAGACAGACUGAAAGGGUGCAACAUGCUUUUGGAACAGGUGCGGAAGGGUCUUAGUGAGUACUUGGAGACAAAACGAGGCUCCUUCCCCAGGUUUUAUUUCCUGUCAGAUGAUGAGCUCCUGGAGAUUUUGUCCCAGACCAAAGAUCCUACUGCUGUUCAGCCGCACUUGCGCAAAUGCUUCGAGAACAUUGCACGGCUUCAGUUCCAGUCAGACCUGCACAUCACACAUAUGCACUCUGGAGACGGGGAGGAGGUGAAGCUGUUUCUGCCAGUGUGGCCAAGUGGAAAUGUAGAGGACUGGCUGAGGGAUGUGGAGAAGUCUAUGAAGGCCACAGUGAGGGAUAACAUUGACCGCUCACUCAAAGACUACCCCACGCAACCUCGUGUAGAGUGGGUGCUAUCAUGGCCUGGUCAAGUGGUGAUAGCUGGCUGCCAGGCCUUCUGGACUGCUGAGGUGUCUGCAGCUUUGGAGCAGGGAGACUUAGCCAACUGCCUUUAUCCCCAGCUACAGACACAGCUGGAUGACUUGGUGCAGCUGGUGAGAAGAGGUCUUUCUAAGAUGCAACGUGCUGUGCUUUCAGCCCUCAUUGUCAUAGAGGUCCAUGCUAAGGAUGUUGCUGCCAAACUGGUGGAGCAGAAGGUCUCAAGUGUCAAUGACUUUGAGUGGAUCGUCCAGCUUAGAUAUUAUUGGGCAAAAGAUGACUUGUACAUCCGUGCAGUAAAUGCAGAGUUUCUGUAUGGAUACGAGUACCUUGGUAACUCUGGUCGCCUGGUCAUCACCCCGCUCACUGACAGAUGCUACCUGACCCUGACGGGAGCACUGCACUUGAAGUUUGGAGGAGCCCCUGCAGGUCCAGCGGGGACAGGAAAAACAGAAACCACUAAGGACCUUGGGAAAGCUCUGGCUAUCCAGACAGUGGUUUUCAACUGCUCUGAUCAACUGGACUUCAUUGCUAUGGGCAAAUUUUUCAAAGGCCUGGCCAGUUCCGGUGCCUGGGCAUGCUUUGAUGAGUUUAAUCGCAUUGAUGUGGAGGUGCUGUCUGUGGUGGCUCAACAGAUCACCACGAUACAAAAAGCACAACAGCAAAGGGUGGCGCGGUUUAUGUUUGAGGGGUCGGAAAUCCCUCUUGUUUCUUCUUGUGCUGUAUUCAUCACAAUGAAUCCUGGUUAUGCUGGUCGCACAGAACUGCCUGACAAUCUCAAGGCCCUGUUUCGUCCUGUGGCCAUGAUGGUCCCUGACUAUGCUAUGAUAGCUGAGAUCUCCUUGUACUCAUUUGGCUUCAGUGAUGCCAAAGUCCUCUCCAAGAAGAUAACCACCACAUUCAAGCUCUCGUCUGAACAGCUGAGCUCUCAGGAUCAUUACGAUUUUGGUAUGAGAGCUGUGAAGACUGUGAUUUCCGCUGCUGGAAACCUGAAGAGAGAAAAUCCUGACAUGAAUGAGGAGCUGAUCUGUCUGCGGGCCAUUCAGGACGUCAAUGUGCCAAAGUUUUUACAAGACGAUCUGAAGCUCUUCAAUGGUAUUGUGUCCGAUCUUUUUCCAAAGAUUAAAAAAGAGCCUAUCAGCUAUGGUACACUCGAAGAGUCCAUGCGUAAUGUCUGUCACAAGAGGAACCUCAAAGAUGUGGAUGGGUACAUUACUAAGUGUAUUCAGCUGUAUGAAACUACAGUGGUGAGACAUGGUUUGAUGCUGGUGGGGCCUUCUGGAUCAGGGAAAACAAAGUGUUACGAGAUACUAGGUGCGGCCAUAACAGCUCUGCAGGGCCAGCCCUCUGUGAGUGGUGGUGUGUACGAACCAGUUCAGAUAUAUGUCCUCAACCCCAAAUCCAUCACCAUGGGACAGCUCUAUGGGGAGUAUGACUUACUCACACACGAGUGGACAGAUGGCAUCCUCUCAUCUCUCAUCCGCUGUGGUGCAACAUCCAUGGACAAAGAGAAGAAGUGGUACAUGUUCGAUGGGCCUGUGGAUGCUGUGUGGAUUGAGAACAUGAACACUGUGCUGGAUGACAACAAAAAGCUGUGCCUGAGCUCAGGGGAAAUCAUCAAGCUCACUGAUGCGAUGACCAUGAUGUUUGAAGUGCAGGACUUAGCUGUGGCAUCCCCAGCCACAGUGUCUCGCUGUGGUAUGGUCUACCUUGAACCCAGUAUUCUGGAACUUAUCCCUUUUACAGAGUGCUGGCUGAGGCAGGUCCCUGAAGUCCUGAAACCGUACACAGAACAGCUAAGUUCCCUGUUUGCCAGAUUCCUGCAGGUCUCCAUCACAUUUGUCCGCACAUCAGUAAAGGAGGUUGUUACAUCCCUAGACAGCAACCUUGCCUGUAGCCUCUUUAAACUUAUGGACUGCUUCUUCCAUCCAUUUGACCAAAAAGAGGAUAAAAGGCCGCUGACUCAAAAGAACGUGGACCAUCUGAAGGAGCUGAUUGAGCCCUGGUUCUUCUUCUCUCUGGUGUGGAGUGUAGGAGCCACAGGAGACGCAGCCAGCCGCCAGCGCUUCAGUGCCUGGCUCAAGAGCAAGAUGGCAGAAGAGAAGAUUCAAUUAUGUUUUCCCGAGGAGGGCCUGGUAUAUGACUACAGGCUUGACGAUGCAGGGAUUAGUAACUUGGAGGAUGAUGAUGAAAAUGAAGGAAAAAAAGUCCAGUGGGUCAGUUGGAUGAACUACGCAGAGAGUGUAUUAAUCACCCCAGAGACAAAUUAUGCUGACAUCAUUGUUCCCACUGCUGACACAGUGAGAAUGUCUUUCCUGGUGGAUAUGCUUUUAACCAAUAAGAAACCUGUGCUCUGUAUUGGGCCUACUGGCACAGGAAAGACUCUCAUUAUGUCAGACAAGCUGCUGAGGACCAUGCCUGCUGAAUACAUCUCACACUUCUUUAUGUUCUCUGCUCGCACCUCAGCUAACCAGACUCAAGACUACAUUGACAGUAAACUAGACAAAAGGCGGAAGGGUGUGUUUGGACCUCCAUUAGGGAAGAGCUUUAUCUUCUUUAUUGAUGACUUAAACAUGCCCAUGUUGGAGACCUAUGGUGCCCAGCCUCCUAUUGAGCUGCUGCGGCAAUGGAUGGACCAUGGAGGCUGGUAUGACAGGAAGCAGAUAGGGACAUUCAAGAACCUAGUAGACAUUAAUUUUGCCUGUGCCAUGGGCCCACCGGGUGGAGGCCGGAACCCCAUCACCCAGCGUUUCACACGGCACUUCAACUUCCUGUCCUUCACUGAAAUUGAGGAUGUCAACAAGAAAACAAUUUUCUCGACCAUUCUAGGCAGUUCGAUGGAUGGAAAUAUGAGUAAAAGGGACCCAGGCAGACCUGUGCCAGCAAUCCAGCUGCUGAAUGAUUCUCUUGUAGAUGCCACUAUCCGAGUCUACUCUACCAUUACCACCCAGCUUCUCCCAACUCCAGCCAAGUCCCAUUACACCUUCAACCUCAGAGACCUGUCGAAGGUUUUCCAGGGCAUCCUCAUGGCCGAACCUGGCAUGAUAGAGAACAAAGUACAGCUGCUGCAGUUGUGGUACCAUGAAAGCUGCAGGGUUUUCCAAGACCGUCUGGUGUGUGCUAAAGACAGGGAUUGGUUCAACAGGCUCCUGAAGGACUGCAUUCAAGAGUUUGACUGCAGCUUUGAAGAGGUUGUGUCCUCUCAACCUGUUCUUUACGGGGAUUUCAUGAUUCCUGGAGCUGACCACAAAGUCUACACACUCAUAGAAGAUAAGGAAAUGUUGGCAAAAGUGAUGGAAGAAUAUAUGGAAGACUACAACCACAUCAAUACCACCAAAAUGAAGCUGGUGCUCUUCAUGGAUGCCAUUGAGCAUGUGUGCCGUAUCAGCCGUAUCCUGCGCCAGCCCCUGGGCAAUGCCCUUCUGCUUGGAGUGGGUGGCAGUGGGCGCCAGUCACUCACUAAGCUGGCCUCAUAUGUGUCAGGGUAUCAGUGUUUCCAGAUUGAACUGUCUAAAAACUAUGGUCAAACAGAGUGGAGAGAAGAUAUUAAAAGCAUCUUGCUGAAGGCUGGCCUUCAGAACAAGCAGGUCACUUUCCUCUUUGUGGACACACAGAUUAAGAGUGAGUCAUUCCUAGAGGAUAUCAACAACAUUUUGAACUCGGGGGAUGUUCCUAACCUGUAUGCAACAGAUGAGCAGGAGCGCAUCCUGGCAGCAAUGAAGCCAGUGGUGCUAGACCUGCACCAGCAGCCAAAUAAAGCCAACCUUAUGGCUGCCUACGUCAGGAGGGUUCGCAGCAACAUCCACAUUGUACUCUGCAUGAGUCCUAUCGGUGAGGUGUUUCGUGCACGGCUGAGGCAGUUUCCCUCACUGGUGACAUGUUGUACUAUAGAUUGGUUCAGUGCCUGGCCAGAAGAGGCUCUACAGGCUGUGGCCACAUCAUUUCUUAGUGAGCUGCCUGAGCUAGAAGCCAGCCCCACGAUCGUGAGAGCUCUGACAACAGUCUGUGUGAAGGUCCACCAGAUGGUAGCCAGGAAGUGUGAACAGUACCUGUCUGAGCUCUCACGACACAACUACGUCACACCCAAGAGCUACCUGGAACUGCUAAAAAUCUUCUUGUAUCUUAUUGGACAAAAGAAAAAAGAACUGUGCAGUGCUCGUCAGCGCAUGAAGACUGGCCUGGACAAGCUCCUUAGCACAGCAGAGGAUGUGAGUAAGAUGCAGGAGGAGCUGGAUACUAUGAGACCUCUUUUGGAAGAGGCUACUAGGGACACUGAAGUCACCAUGGAGACCAUUAAAAAAGACACAGCAAUUUCAGAGGAGACUCGAAAAUCAGUGCAGGCAGAAGAAGCACGUGCUUCAGAGAAGACCAGUAUUGCAGAGACCAUUGCAGCAGAUGCCCAGAGAGACUUGGACGAGGCUCUACCGGCCUUAAAUGCUGCCCUCACCAGUUUGAAGUCACUAAAUAAGAAUGACGUCACUGAGGUGCGUGCAAUGCAGCGACCACCCCAGGGAGUAAAGCUCGUUAUUGAGGCAGUGUGCAUUAUGAAUGGCAUCAAACCGAAAAAAGUGCCUGGAGACAUGCCUGGUACCAAGGUUAACGACUACUGGGAACCUGGCAAGAGUCUGCUGCAAGACCCUGGCAAGUUCCUGGAGAGCCUGCUCAACUAUGAGAAGGACAACAUCCCAGAUAAUGUGAUCAGUUUAAUCCAGCCCUACAUAGAUAAUGAAGAAUUCCAGCCAGCCUCCAUUUCCAAGGUUUCCAAAGCCUGCACCUCUAUCUGCCAGUGGGUCCGAGCCAUGCAUGUAUAUCACUUUGUGAACAAGGCUGUGAAACCUAAAAAGCAAGCUCUCAAGGUGGCACUGGAGGACUUAGCAGUGACCAAGCGCAGCCUGGAUGAUGCCAAAGAAAAGCUGGCAAAGGUGGACGGUGGCAUUGCAACACUGCAGGCCAAGUACCAAGAAUGUCUGGCUAAGAAAGAAGAGUUGGACAACAAGUAUCAACUGUGUGAGGCCCGUCGCGUCCGAGCAGACAAGCUUACCAGUGGACUGGCAGAUGAGGAGGUACGCUGGAAGGAAACGGUGCAAAGUCUGGAGAAUAUGGUCAAUAAUGUGGCAGGCGAUGUGCUUCUAUCUGCAGGAUAUGUAGCAUACUUGGGACCUUUCACUGGAGAAUACAGGGCAGCCAUGGCAGCAGAGUGGCUGCAUUGUUUCAAAGAGCUCAGGGUUCCACACACUGAUGAAGCCAACCUGAUCAACACCCUAGGAGAUCAAGUCAAGAUCCGCUCAUGGCAGAUAUCGGGUUUGCCCAAGGAUCACCUUUCAGUAGAGAAUGGUGUGAUUGCCCAGUACUCUCUGCGCUGGGCUCUGUUCAUUGAUCCUCAGGGACAAGCCAACACGUGGAUAAAAAACAUGGAGCGAGAAAACGGGCUGGAGGUUAUAAAGCUCAGUGACCGGGGUUUCCUCCGCAGUCUUGAGAAUGCCAUUCGCUUUGGUAAACCCUGUCUUUUGGAGAAUGUAGGAGAGGAGCUAGAUCCAGCUCUAGAACCUGUCCUAUUGCAGCAGACAUUUAAGCAACAAGGUGGCACAGUGCUGAAGCUGGGUGAUGGAGUCAUUCCUUACCAUGAAAGCUUCAAGUUGUACAUCACCACCAAGUUGCCAAACCCGCACUAUUCUCCUGAGCUUUCUGCCAAAGUCACCCUCAUUAACUUCACCCUGUCACCCAGUGGUCUACAGGACCAGUUGCUGGGCCAGGUGGUGGCUGAGGAGCAUCCAGACCUGGAGGAGGCUAAGAACCAGCUGAUCAUUAGCAACGCCAAGAUGAAACAGGACCUGAAAGAAAUUGAAGAUGAGAUCCUGCUCCGACUCAGCUCCACAGAGGGAAACCCGGUGGACAAUGAGGAGCUCAUCCAAGUGCUGGAGGCUUCUGGGAUCAAAGCUGGCGAGAUUAAGGCCAAAGUACUGGCAGCAGAGAAGACAGAACGUGACAUUGAUGCCACCCGUCUAGAAUAUGUGCCGGUGGCUGUGCGUACACAGAUCCUCUUCUUCUGUGUAUCAGACUUGUCCGGUGUUGAUCCAAUGUACCAGUACUCUCUGGAAUGGUUCCUUGGCAUCUUCAAAGCUGGCAUUGCCAACUCUGAGAGAGCAGACACGCUGGAGAAUAGAAUCGCCAACAUCAAUGAAUUUUUCACCUUCAGCUUGUACAGCAACGUGUGCCGUAGUUUGUUUGAGAAGCACAAACUAAUGUUCGCCUUCCUCCUGUGUGUUCGCAUUAUGAUGAAUGAGAGCAAAAUUAACAUGGCUGAGUGGCGCUUUCUCCUGUCUGGAGGGAUUCCUGUUCGAGAGCUGACCAACCCAGCAGUGAGUUGGCUGUCUGAGCGUGCCUGGCAGGACCUUCUGAGCCUCAGUGCUCUGGACAACUUCAGCAACCUGGCAGAGAGCUUCACUGAACAUCUGCAGGGUUUCAAGAGAAUUUUUGACAGCAACCAGCCUCACAGGGAUCCCCUCCCAGGAGGGUGGGACUCAAAGCUGGACUCAUUCCAGAAGCUGCUGAUCCUUCGCUGUCUGAGGGCUGACUGCCUCAUUCAAGGCCUGCAGGACUUUGUUUCAGCUCAGUUAGGACAGCGCUUCAUAGAGCCUCGUACGUCAGACCUGUCAGCAGUCUUCACCGAGUCAUCUCCCUGCACUCCCCUUAUCUUUGUUCUCUCCCCUGGCACUGACCCUGCUGCUGACCUCUACAAGUUUGCUGACGUCAUGCGGUUUUCCAAGAAAAUGAGUGCCAUCUCUCUCGGCCAGGGCCAGGGCCCCUGGGCUGAAGCUAUGAUGCGCACUGCCAUGGAAAGAGGUCACUGGGUCUUUUUCCAGAACUGUCACCUGGCGCCCAGCUGGAUGCCUUCUCUGGAGAGGCUCGUUGGAAACAUCAACACAGGAAAGGUGCACAGGGAUUUCCGUCUGUGGCUCACUAGCCUGCCCAGCGACAAGUUCCCGGUGUCCAUUCUCCAGAAUGGUACCAAAAUGACCAUUGAGCCUCCCAGGGGUAUCAAGGCCAACCUGCAGAAAACAUAUCUGAGGCUCACCAAUGAUUUCAUCUCCUCUUCCACCAAGAUAACAAACUUCAAGUCUUUGCUCCUGUCUCUGUGUCUGUUCCAUGGAAUUGCUCUGGAGCGAAGGAAGUUUGGCCCUCUAGGCUUCAACAUACCCUACGAGUUCACAGACGGUGACCUGAACAUCUGCAUUAGUCAACUUAAAAUGUUCCUGGACGAGUACCAGGACAUCCCAUACAAGGUCCUAAAAUACACCGCAGGGGAGAUUAAUUAUGGUGGCCGUGUGACAGAUAACUGGGACAGACGAUGUCUCCUCAGUGUGCUGGAAGACUUCUACUGUCCUGAUGUUCUUAUUAAUGAUCACAUCUACUCUUCGUCUGGGGUCUACCGGCAGAUAGACACAAAACAUGAUAUCAAGGGCUACAUGGCAUACAUCCGUGGUUUGCCCAUCAAUGAUACACCUGAGAUAUUUGGUCUCCACGACAACGCUAACAUCAGCUUUGCCCAGAAUGAGACCUUUGCCCUGCUGGGAGAUGUCCUUUUUCUCCAGCCUCGAGCUGCGUCUGCUGGCGGCAAAACUCUGGAGGAGAUCGUGGAGGAGAUAGUGGUGGGCAUUGUUGAAAAGAUCCCUCAGCCUUUCAGAGUUCAGGAGGUGAUGGAAAAGUACCCGGUCCUCUAUGAAGAGUCCAUGAACACAGUGCUCAUCCAGGAGGUCAUCAGAUAUAACAAGUUGCUGGCAGUCAUCUCUCAGAGUCUCAGUGAUAUUUUGAAAGCUCUGAAAGGUUUAGUGGUGAUGUCAUCCGAUCUGGAGCUUAUGUCCAACAGCCUGUUCAACAACAUGGUGCCUGAUAAGUGGAAAGCCAAGGCCUACCCAUCCCUGAAGCCUCUGGCCUCAUGGGUGUCAGACCUGCUUCAGAGGAUCAGUUUCCUGCGGAGAUGGAUCUCUACAGGCAUUCCACCUGUCUUCUGGAUUAGCGGCUUCUUUUUCCCUCAGGCUUUUCUCACUGGAACCCUCCAGAAUUACGCCCGUUGCUCUGGCAUCUCUAUUGACACAAUUGGAUUUGACUUUGAGGUAAUAUCGGCAUCAGUGUCAGAGAUAACACAGAAACCAAACACGGGCUGCUACAUUCAUGGUCUUUUCCUGGAGGGGGCUCGCUGGGAUAUCAGGGCAGGCCAGCUCACAGAGUCCAGGCCCAAGGAGCUCUACACAGAGAUGGCUGUCAUCUGGCUGAUCCCCAAACCCAACCGCAAACCUCCGACCUCUGGGGUCUACAUCUGCCCCAUCUACAAGACGCUCACACGGGCUGGGACACUCUCCACCACCGGUCACUCCACCAACUACGUGAUGGCAGUGGAGCUGCCUACAGAUCAGAGCCAGAGCCACUGGAUCAAACGAGGAGUCGCUCUCAUAUGCGCACUGGAUUACUGAAAACUGACACACACUCACUUUGUCUUAUGCCACCAUGCCUUAUUCUAUAUCUGUGCUUUACAGCCCACAGUGAUUGGUGGUCUGUGUAAUAAACAGUUUUGCACAAGG